AUGGUUACUUGCAUUGCUUCCGUCAAAGUCAUUGGCGUCUCGUCCCUCGGCUUGUUGGCAGGACUGUUGUCGUACCUGGCCAUCGAGGUUAUCCCAUCAUUGAUACGCGACUUGACCAGGGGCUACUCGCCCUCCACUUCGUUCCAGACCCACUACCAACAAAUCAAGGUGUUGAUCCUCGGCUCCCGUGCCGUAGGCUUGCUUUUGGGCGCUGUGUCCACUGGCUUGCUUGCUUUGGCCUACUCCUACUCUCCCCCCAGCGGCAAACAUCCCUACCUUAUUUACGCAGCGCUAGGCGCACCAACUGCCAUUGCAGGCUUGUACCAGCAAGGGUACCGCCACGAAGCCAAGCUUUUGCAGGCAGAAGAGAAGACAUUGAAGGAGCAGGUGGCUCCACAGGCUGCCCAGGUGGUCGAAGAGGUCAAGGCUCAACAGGUCACCAGCGACGGUGGCGACGGUGGCGACGACGACUCGCUCGGACGCUCCUACAUCCAUGUUUCCGACGAGGAGUCGUCCACCACCACGGGAUCCACCCCCGGGUCGUCAGCCGCCCAGUCGCCCACCAUCCAUGCAUCGGAGCCAGCCGCGUCCAUCGAGCAGGAGGUGGAGAGUGCGUUGGUCAAGAAGGAGCUUGUGCACGACUUGCGGAUGUUGCGGUCGUCGUACGUGGUGGGGUCCUCGGUUGCUGGGGUGGGAUUCUUGAUUGGGGUUGUUGGCUUGUUUGGCGAGAAUUUCUACUGA